AUGAAUACCUUACGGCUACCCAUGGUUGUGUUUUUUAUCUUGACCUUCGGGCUUCUGACUCAAUUCGUUUAUUCCUUGGACAGCUUACGCAUUUCUCCUCAGCAGCACUCUGUUUCCUCGGAACUUGGGGAUCAUGACAAUGACCUCCUCCAAAGAAAUUCUGACAUCACCCAGACCCUUGACAGCGUCACAAAUUUAGGCUUACUGAAAGCCCGAGACAAUCCCAGUCUAGGAAACAUGGGUGGUGAUUGUACAAUCUCUCCAGAUUGCAUUAGCAAGGACGACAAAAAUCAUCGUUGCCUUGCUACCUAUGUUGAGGUUGGAUGGGAAGCGUGCGAUAACGAGGGCAAGAUGAGAAGGAUAAUCUGCUGCAAGGCAAAGACAGCCCCGACAAAAUGUGUAUGGCGCGGGGCCGGUGAAGACUGCAAUGGUCAGUGCCACAAAGCAGAAGCCACUCUUUACAAAUCAAAGUACGGUGGUGGCGAUGAGAAAGAAAAAGGAAUGGGCCGCUGUGAUCGAGGGUACAAGGUCUUUUGCUGCGAAGAAAAAGACAUUGAUGAGUUUACAGAUGGUUCUAGAUGGACCCGCAGCGUUGAUAGUGAUGGGCGUCGCAAAGAUGAUGAACAUGAUUUCGCUUUUGCAUUGGACCUCAACCCGGAGGUGUGGAUGUAUAACAGAAAGCUGUGCGAAAUUGACAAGUCUUACCGUUGCGGCCCGGAUCCGUACGCGGAUGACUCCGACUUGGACGAAGAUCCACCCAACCCAUUCGCACACGAUCCAUAG